CGGGCGGACCCAGGACCUGGCGUCCUGGCCGACCCCCUCUUCCCCGCGCCGAACUCCCGGCUCCGAGGGGUGACCCCCAACUGUCCCGGGCUAAGUGUACAAAUCAGAGGGGCGGCAGAACCGCGAGGAUUCCAGGACCCCACCGGCGCGCGCUCACCUAAAGAUCGACGGGAGGCCGGCGGGGAAGGAAAAAGAGAGCUGCUUUCCCCACGGCUACGUCCGGGGCAGCGGCCGCCAUCACCCGGAAGGGAACUGCGGAAGGCGCUGGAGAAGGCCGGAAGUGGCUUCACUCGGGGUCUACUCCCAGAUUGGACUACCAUGAAACUGCACCAGAAAUCCGUACUCAAUUUCUUCCGUGGAUACAGAAAAGCUCCAGACCGCGAGGGCAUCUUGCUGAAGAAAGGAGCCCGAAAUAUCAGCUAUCAACGCCGCUGGUUCAUCCUCCGGGGAAACCUCCUCUUCUACCUGGAGAACCAGGCGGACCACACACCCCUGGGCCUCAUUCUCUUGGAAAACUGUCGGGUGGAGCCACGCCUUGGGGCCACAGAACCCUAUGCCUUUACCAUACUGACCCCUAGGGUUGAGGGAACAGCUGGGCGUGCCUACAAAUUGGCAGCAGAAAACCAGGAAGAGCUGGGAGCCUGGCUGUGGGCACUAGCUGGGGCGAGCUGGAGGCGGCUGGUGGCGCUACUACCCCCCCUGGAGGCCCAGUACCGGGAGCUGUGCCAGGCAGCUGGCCAAGAGCCCAGCUCACCCCCAGAGGACUGUGGCUUUCUUGCCACCCUCGGUAUCCCCUCCAGCUUCCAGGAAUUGCAUGAGCACUUUGGAAAGGAGAUCCGGGUGCUGCAGGUGGUGCGUAGAGGGCCCCAGGCUAACAAUGGGGGCAGCAGAUCCCAGGCAAAAGAGGAACAGGAGCUCAGCAGCUGAUGAGUGACUGAAAGGUGGACCAAAGGCCAAGAGGUACCCACGUGCCAAGACCAGCCCACAGCUUCGGUAGAUGCCUGGAUCCUGGCCUGCUCCACUGUUUCCCACCCCCUGCCCAGUCCUUAUUCUAACCCCCUCUAUCAAAUAACAAAGCAGGAGACGGGCCCAGGUACAA